AUGCUGAAGAAGAACAACUUUAGCAAGAAGACCCGCAAGGGCGCCGUCCUGAAGGUGUCCCGCGAGCACUACCUCCGCGAUGACAUUCAUUGUCGGCUGCAUGGCUGCACCAAAUGCCAACAGACCGAACCCUGUCUAGAGCCCGGCACCGUGCUCGUUCCCGACACCAAUGCCGUUCUACAUCAGCUCGACGUGUUGGAGCAUCCAUCCGUCAAAAACGUGGUCUUGACCACCACCGUUUUGGAUGAGGUCAAGCAUCGCAGCCUGGCGGCCUAUCAACGUAUCCGUGGCAUUAGUUCAGACGCUGCCAAGAGGUUCUAUGUCUUUUCUAACGAACACAGCAAGGAUACACACGUCACAGCAGAGGAAGGAGAGAGUCCCAAUGACCGAAACGAUCGCGCAAUUCGCCGAGCCGCUGCCCAUUACAAAGAGCAUGCUGAGACUUGCCCCGAGGAGUUUGCCGUCAUUCUGCUCACCAACGAUGCCGAGAAUUUGCGUCGGGCCCGAAAUGAGGGGUUGGCAGCCUACAGCGUGCACGAAUGGGCCAAGCGGUUUGGCCCUAGCCCGGAUUUGGUGGACCUGCUUGCAACCAUUUCCGACGCUGUCGAAACGGCCAUUUGCAAAGAAGAUGAAACGACCGUGUUUGAGGCCCACCUCUCACCUGCUGAAGUCCAAGGCGGACUCAAGGCUGGAAAACUUGUGCAGGGCACCCUGCGCAUCUCCAGAGAAAACACCCAGGAGGCCUUUGUCAAACCUCGCGACGAUCCAGAGCAUCCCGUCUUUGUCCCUGGCAACUUGAUGAACCGUGCUGUUGACGGUGAUUUGGUUGCGUUGCAGAUCUUGCCCGAGAGUCAAUGGCAAACUCCAAGCGGUAUCAUCGAGCGCCCCGAAGGUACUCACCUUGUUAUGGACGGUACUCAGGACGCCGAAGGAGAGCUGGAGGACAUGCAAGAGCGUACUCAGCGCACUGGUCAAGUUGUUGGCAUUGUGCGACGGCGCUGGCGGCCCUAUUGUGGUAUCUUGGCCGCCAAUUCCAACACCGCUUCGCCAAACCUGUUCUUGUUCACGGCCAAGGAAGCCACCCUACCACCUAUUCGCUUUCGCUCCCAGCAACCUGACAAACUCGUGGGCCAACAAAUUGUGCUCGCUGUGGAUGGCUGGCCGACCAACAGCAAAUACCCGAUUGGUCACCUCGUCCGCGUGUUGGGGCCCAUUGGUGAUGUCAACACGGAAACCGAGGUUGUUUUGCUCGAACACGCUGUACCCUUUGAACCGUUUUCGAAAGCGGUGCUGGAUUGUUUGCCAGACGCAACUUGGCUGGCCGCAGAGCAAGACCUGUCCCGGCGCGAGGAUUUGCGGCAUUUGGAAGUCUGCAGCAUUGAUCCCCCAGGUUGCACGGACAUUGAUGACGCUCUUCAUUUACGUGACUUGCCCAACGGCCACUUUGAGGUGGGUGUACACAUUGCUGACGUGAGCCAUUUCAUCAAACCGAACACCGCCUUGGAUCAGGAAGCGGCCAAGCGUGGCACGACCGUGUAUUUGUCCAACCGCCGCAUUGACAUGGUGCCAGGGCUGUUGAGCUCGAACCUGUGCUCGCUUCGCGGUGGCGAGGAGCGAUUUGCCUUUUCUUGCAUCUGGGAAAUGACGGAUCAGGCUGACAUCAUUUCAACUCGCUUUUGCAAGUCCAUCAUUCGAUCUCGCGCUGCGCUCGAGUAUUCUGAAGCACAAGCACGCAUCGAUGAUGAGACCGACCAAACCACGUUGACCGACUCAAUCCGCCGCCUCAAUGCUUUGGCUAAGAUUGUGAAGCGGCGGCGCAUUGAAGCUGGUGCCCUCAUGCUGGCAUCGCCCGAAGUGCGCUUCCGCAUUGACACAGAAACUCACGACCCCGUGGAUGUGCAAAUGAAGCAACUUCAUGACACCAACUCGCUUGUGGAGGAGUUUAUGCUAUUAGCCAACGUCUCAUCAGCUCGAGAAAUACACAAACAGUUUCCCACAUGUGCCGUCCUGCGUCGCCACCCAGCGCCCCCUCCGUCCAACUUUGAGCCUUUGUUGAAAGCGGCCGAGGCUGCAGGUGUCACCCUGAGCACGACCUCAUCAAAAGAGCUGGCGGUGUCGUUGGAUAUGGCCCAACCCGAAGGCCAGCCUUAUAUGAAUACUCUUCUUCGCAUUUUGGCCACUCGAUGCAUGCUCCCUGCUCAAUAUUUCUGCUCAGGCACUGUGCCACAGACUGAGUUUGGCCACUACGGUUUGGCAAGCCCAAUCUAUACCCAUUUCACCUCGCCCAUCCGUCGUUACGCGGAUCUCUUGGUACACCGGCUUUUAGCAGCCUGUAUUGGCGCUGAUCCUACCUAUCCUGAUCUGCUCAACAAGGACAAAAUCGCCAGCAUUUGCGAUAACCUGAAUUUUCGCAACCGACAAGCCCAGUAUGCGGCACGGUCUUCAUUGGAACUGCACACAUGCCUCUUCUUCAAGAAACGAACCACGCACGAAGAGGCGUACAUCAUUCGGGUGCGAAAAAAUGCGAUUGCUGUGCUGGUGCCAGCAUAUGGCUUGGAAGGCCGCGUCUACUUUGAUGCAGCGGACGGCCAGGCGCCCGAGCUGAGUUAUGAUGAAAACAAGAUGGCGCUCACUGUCACCAAAGACGACCAACACAUUAACUUGCGUGUCUUUGACAAGGUCAAGGUCCAAGUUCAAGUGGAUAGCUCGGAUCCUCAGCGAGAACAAAUGCUUGUGCGUUUGGUUGAGCCGUCGCUGCCCGGCGUUACGGUGCAAUCGACAAACACUGAUGCAGCGGCCUCACCCAAAAAGUCAAAAAAGCCCGCUAAAAUGUUGCAGAACAAGAGCAGCAAAUAA